AUGAACGAAAAGUAGAAAUAAACACUUUUAAACUAUUUUUGCUAAUGUAGCAAUGAAAAAAUAAAUGUUAUCUCUGAAAUUAGGGAUUUUAGAUAAAAUGAUAUGGUGAAUGUUGUUGCAAGAGCCAAUCUAGCAUAAUAGUUAAUCUUAUUUUAAUAAAACAUAGAUGAAGCAUAUGAAUUAAUAAAUGAUUUAAUUGGACUUGAAUCAUAAAAUGUGAAAUGUGUUAUGCAUACAGCAGCUAGAAAUUUUUAAGUAUUUGAAAUCUUGGGUAUUCAAAAGUAAUGUCAACUUUUAGUUGAUAUUGCAAAUAAUUAUUAAAUACCUGAUUGUGCAGUACAUUUAUUAUUUGCUUAACCAUUUUAAGAAUAAAUGAAAGAAACAGCAUAAAUUAAAAAUUAAAGAAUUAGAUAUUUAUGUAGAUGUCAUCUAACUUUUAUAUUGGAAAAUCCUGAUCCAGAAAUUGAAUAAUUGAAUGAAAUUUUAAAAUUUACCCGCUUUUUUAUUAUGGAUUCAAAAAUAAUAAUAAAUGAUGAUACAAAUUUCUUCUUGAGAGCUGAAUUCAAUCGUCUUUAAAAAUCAGAAUUCCAUGAAAUAGGUUUCUCUUAAUUUAAUAAGAGAAAUACAUUAAAUUUAAUAAAAAAACAAGAAUUUACAAAUAUUAAUCAAAAAAUUAUCGAUCACUUUACUGUUGAAAUAACAGUUUAUAAAUUGAUUGCCUCUUCUAACUUUUAACUAAGUUUUAUAAGUUCAAUUUAAAUAAUUAGAUUUAAUAUGUUAUUACUGAGUUUAUUAUAUAAAUAUAAUUGUGAAAUAGAUUUGUCUUUUUAGCAUAAUGAUAUGGAGAAUGAUCCUUAACAGAUUUUCCCUUAUUUACUUUAAAUUCUUACUUUAUUAAUUCAAUUAAAUUAGGAAAAAAUAAUUUUGAAAGUAUUAUCUUUAAUUCACACUUUAAAAUUUAGUAAAAUAGAAGAUAUGCAGAAAGUUAACGAUUCAGCUAAUUUAUUAUUGAAAUAAUAGCCGAAUCAAUAAAUAAUUGAUUCUUUAUUACCAAUAUUUAAAAGAUAUACUUUUGAAAUUUAUCAUAAAUUUGCUAUUUUUAGUAAUUAAUAAAUUGAUCUUUCUACUUUUUCAAAGGAAAAGUCUGUACAUAAUUUAAUAACUUCAAUAUUUAUUAAAUAAGACAAAGAUUAUCUUGCUGCCAAUUUCGAUAAAUUAUAUAUGAAUUAAUGUGUAAUGGUAAUUAAUUUUUAUUAAUUUAGUUGACUCUAAUAAUCCCAGAAGAGACAUUUGUGAAUUUCUUGAAUUAGUAUACUUAUUGUAGUAUAGAUAUGACUAAAAAUUUCUACAAACAAAGAUGACUGAAUACUUCUCUUAUUCUCAAGAAGAUUUAAAUAGUACACUAUUGAUGAUUUCUCAAUAAUUAGAAAUAGAUGUAAAUAUCAAAUAACCUUAAAGUCUUUCAUUUGAAUAUAUUUCUAUUAUAUCUAAGCUUCUUCAUUUAAUUUUAGUUAUUUGUUAGAAUCCAAAAAAUAAGAAUCUUUAUAUGGAAUAUUUUUCUAUGCAAAUGUAAUUUAUUAAUAAUUUUGAUAAGAAAUUGCCUAAGGAAUCAGAUUAUAAAUAUAAUGGCAAACUUGUGAAUAGUCCACUUUAUAAUGAAAUAGUUGUUUUAAAAAAAGCAAAGACACUUUUAUUAAACCUAUCUAUGAUUGAAAGAGUAUAUAAACUACACAAGAUUGAUAAUCGAUAAAUAUUAUUGUUAAAAUUAUCAAUUUUAUCUUAUCAUGAAAGUGUUCCAGAAUAUUUACUUCUAUAAUUAUCAAAAUCUUAGUAACAUUUUAAGGAUUUAAAAAAAUAAUAUCCAAAAGCAUAAGAAAUAAAAGAAAUCAAUUUUUAUGCAAAAAUAGAGAAAUUAAAAAAGAAUUUGGGUUCAGAUAUAAAAAUAAAAUCAUAACUAAAGUAUAAUUAUUGGAAUAAUUAAUGCCUUAACUCACUAGUUCUUUAUUUGAAUUUUAAGAAAAACCAAAAUAUUAAGAUGAAUUAUUCUAAUAAUCAGAUAUUCAUAUAUUUAAGAUAGAACAUAAAGAAUUUAUAUCGUUUUAUUUAGGAAAUGGUGAAUUAUGUACACCAGCGUUAUUCAUAAAUUAUAGAGCAGAGGCGAUUUAUGUUUAUUUAUAAAUAUGUUACAAACUAUUAAAAUGUUUAAAAUACUUAGGUUUUUAUAAAACAAUAAAUACAAUUUCAAAUUAAAUAAUUUUAUUUUCGUAAAGAGCUUUAGGAAUUACAGUUUUAGUAAAUAUAUAUUCUCGAAUACCUUGGUUGAUUGAUACCUAAUAAUGGUAAUAGAUAACUGAUGGUAUUUGUAAUGUUGUCAAAUAUUUAAAUAAAAAGUAAGACUAUGCAUAAGUAACAAGUGAAAAUGCUAGAUAAUCAUUAUAUCGUCAAAGAAGAAGUUAAUGGGCUAAAUUAAAAGAAUCACAUGCUAAAUUAGUUUAAUGUUUUGACGAGAACAAUUUAUUAAAAGGUAAAUUUUAUAGAGCUUUUUUUAAUUUUACUUUAGAAUAUUUAUGUCUAUUAAACCAUUCAAAUCCUUAUUUGUAUGACAAACUACUAUUAAAAUAAACAAGAUCAUUUGAGUUAAAAACCAACUGCAUUGUCUUAAAAUAAUUGUCUAAAAGUACAGAUGCUAAAUAAUAUUGUUUUUAAGUUGAUGAAAAUUGUAGACAUGAAUUAGUUUUUUGAUUAAGUAAUAUUAGAAUAAAUAAUACCAGUUUUAGUAUUAGGAUUAUGCGAAUAACAAAUUAGUUAAAAUAUCUGCAAUUAUGGAUAUUAGAUGUUUAUUUUAGUUUAAAAUUAAUUAGCAUAAACACUUCAUUCUAAUAUCGAUUAAUCAAAAUUAUAUAUGUAUUUAUAUUUAAGACUAAAAGAAUUUUUGACUUAUUCUUAACCGUAAUUCAUUUCAUAAAUAUAAUGUAAAUGUCCAUAAUAAAAAAAAUAUGAUAAAAAUAAAUUAGAAUUUGAUUUAAUAGCAACUUUAGCCUCAUUUUAAAUGAAUCAAAAAAGAAUACUUUUACAAUAAGAAGAUAUAUCUAUAAUGAAAUGUGAAAAUAUAGGUAGAACUUCUGAAUUAGCAAGUAUAUUUGAUAUUUCAAUUAAAAGAGACAUUAUUGUAAUAAAUUUCUUUGAAUUCAAUGGUGAAAAAAUCAUAUUAAUUUCUAAAUAUUGUCAUCUUACAUAAUAAUUUGUUAAUAAAUAGGUUAAUUUAAUCAAUAAAUGUUUAUAAUUUAAAGAUGCUUUAAUGUAUUACUUAAACCUAAUUUAAGAAAAUAUUGAUUGUUUAGAUGAAUCUUCUUGUGCUCCAGGAUAAUGGUGGUCAAAAAGAGAUUAUUAUGAAUAAUAAUUACUUAAAAGAUAAUUAAGUAUAGAAUAUGCUUUAUAAGAACAUAUUGAUUUUAUUUAUAAAUCUGAUAGUCCAUUACUUAUUUUAAGUCCUUAAUUGCAAUUACUUCCAUGGGAUCAUAUAAAAAAUACAGUCUUUAAUCGAGUAUUAUCUUUAGGACAUAUUUUAGAUUUAAAUAAUCUAUCAACAGAUCCAAAAUAAGAUCUAUUUUAUGUUCUAAAUCCAGGAAAUGAUUUACAAAAAUCAGAAAAGAAAAUUCUACCCUUAUUAAAAUACUAUAAUUUAAAAGGAAUUGUAAGAGAAAAACUGA